GUGGUUGGUUAUUGUGUUUUUGUAUCGGAGUCGGUCGGAAGCAGGAGAGAAAGAGAGGAAAACGCCAAGCAGGGUCGCAGUUUUGCGUCCUACCUAAUAAUGGAGAAAGAUGAGGAGAAUAUGGCGGUGAAACGGACCAGCUCGGAGCAGAGGAAGCUGCGCUCCCGUGACGCGGCCAGAUGUCGGCGCAGCCAGGAGACGGAGGUGUUUUACGAGCUCGCCCGGACCCUGCCGCUCCCCCGCAGAGUCUGCACCCACCUGGACAAAGCCGGCAUCAUGAGGGUGACCCUCAGCUUCCUGCGGAUGCAGCAGAUCCUGCGACCCGAUGGAGAAGAAAAAGAAGAAGAAGAAAAAGUAGUAGAAGAGGAGGUGGAGGAGGAGAAAGACGAGGACCCGAUGGACGCCUUCUAUCCUCAGGCGCUGGCUGGCUUCAUCAUGGUGAUGACUGAGGAGGGGGACAUGAUCUUCCUGACGGAGAACGUCAACAAACACAUCGGCAUCACGCAGCUGGAGCUGCUGGGUCAGAGCAUCUUUGACUUUGUCCAUCCCUGUGACCAGGAGGAGCUCAGAGACCUGCUGACUCCACGUCCAGGUUUGAGUAAGAAAUCUCUGGCGGAGCAGCCGAGCGAGAGGAGCUUCUUCCUGAGGAUGAAGAGCACGCUGACCACCAGGGGGCGCACCGUCAACAUCAAGUCUGCCACCUGGAAGGUGCUCCACUGCACCGGUCACAUCCGUCCGUUCGGCGGCUCCUCGCCCUCCGCCACGGUGAUGACGCUGCUGUGCGAGCCCAUCCCUCACCCGUCCAGCGUGGAGUUCCCCCUGGACACCUGCACCUUCCUGAGCCGCCACAGCAUGGACCUGCGCUUCACGCACUGCGAGGGCAGGGUUACGGAGCUGACCGGGUACCAGCCGGAGGAUCUGAUUGGACGCUCGGCCUACGAGUUUUACCACGCCCUUGACUCCGACCCCAUCAAGAAGAGCCUGCACACACUGUUGACCAAAGGUCAGGUGAACACCAGCCAGUACCGCUUCCUGGCCAACGGCGGCGGCUUCGUCUGGGCCGAGACUCAGGCCACGGUGCUCUACAGCAGCAAGACGUCGCAGCCCGAAGCCAUCGUCUGCCUCAACUACAUCCUCAGCGCUGUGGAGCAGCCAGACGUGGUGUUCUCUGUGGAGCAGACCCGCUGCAAGCGCCUGCCUAAGGCUGAGCCCGUGUCGCCAGGGCGCUGCGGGCUCUCUGACCCCCCCGAGGGUCUGGACGCCAGCGGCGCUGCACAGCUCUUCCUGAAGCUGAAGGAGAAGGCCGACGAGCUUCUCCAGCUGGCUCCGUCGGCCGGAGACGCCGUCGUACUGCUGACAGGUCCGGUGGAGCUGUCGUUCGUCAGCCCCCUCAGUCCCGCCGCGGUGCCAGAGCACCCCCAGGACCUGUGCACCCCCCAGCUGAGGGAGCUGCUCUCCCCCAUCUUCGACAUGGCCACCCCCUCCUCUUCCCGCGUCUCCUCCCCCGAGCCGCCGCUGUGUGCCAGCGAGGACGACAUGGACGUCACCGAGGUGGAGAAGUUCUUUGCUUCGUGUCCAGAAGAUGGUCAGAAGAAAAAAGAAACACUGGAGCUGUCUUCGGCUCUCGCUCAGGACAUGGAGGGGAUGGACCUGGACAUGUUGGCUCCCUACAUCUCCAUGGACGACGACUUCCAGCUCACCUUCCUCGGCGGUCUGCCGGAGGACAUGGACAAGCCUCUGCCCCCCCCGUCCCCGUCUGAGAGCUCCGCAGCGCCCAGGAGGAAACGGACUCACGACCUGGAUGAAGAAAUGCCGCCUCAGCUGAGGCUUGAGGACAAGAGACAGAAACAAAGUCCUUCCUCAAUCGAAGAGGAACUUCUUCUCAGCCACAAACUGCUGGGUUCUCUGGAGGAAACCGACCAGUCGGACCUGCUGCUGGACCCGGGCCCGGUGCACAGCCAGCUGCUGACGGACAGAGACCCCGUGUUGGGAGGCAUGCAGGGUCUGUGUGACACCGCAGCUCUGAUGAGGGACAUCUUCGUCCCUCGACCAGGUGACCUGUCCCCUCCUCUCUCGCCCAUGACCUGAAGCAGACCAGGGUCGGCUCCGCCUCCGAGCCCUUAGCGAAGAACGUCAACUCCGGAUCUCUCUGCAAUCACAGCAACUUAAGCGCACACAUUUAAAAAAAACAAAAAAACUGCAAAAAAAAAUAUCUUAACCAACAACAAAAGCCACAAAUAUGUACGCACAAGAAUCUUGACUCGCACAC